GCUUCGCCGACCCCGUGGUGGAGAAGGAGUUGAAGCUAUGGCCCUUCACAGUUGUUAACGAAAAGGGCGUGCCUAAGAUCCAAGUCCUAUACAAAAAGAAAGUAAAGAGAUUCUUUCCGGAAGAAAUCAGCGCCAUGGUGCUGUCCUCACUAAAGACCUCGGCAGAGGCGUACCUAGGCAAAUCAGUGCGUGAUGCCGUGAUCACCGUGCCCGCGUACUUCAACGAUUCCCAGCGUCAGGCCACCAAAGACGCCGGCAAAAUAGCAGGCCUCAACGUAAUGCGUAUAAUCAACGAACCAACGGCUGGUGCGCUCGCGUUCGGUCUCGACAAGAUCGAAGAGGAGGAGCGGAAUGUGCUAUUUUUUGAUUUAGGCGGUGGAACUUUCGACGUCUCCGUGCUGACUAUCGAAGAAGGCAUCUUCGAGGUUCGCGCAACGGCUGGGAUAUCGAAUAUUGGUGGUGAAGACUUCGACACACGCCUGGUGGAGCACUGCGCUAGAGAGUUCUAUAAGGAGCACCGACUGGAUCUGUCCAGGGACAAUAGUGCUUUAAGACGGUUGAGGGCGGCGUCUGAGCGUGCCAAACGCAUGCUUUCGGUAGCUACGAAGGCCAGCAUUACACUGGAGACGCUGCACGUCGGAAAGGACUUUCACACGGUCAUUACUCGCGCACGUUUCGAGGAACUCAAUCAGGACCUGUUUCAAAUCAUUAAGGACAUUCUGCCACGAGUGCUAUCCGACGCGGAGAUGAGUAAAGAAGAUAUAGAUGAGAUAGUGUUAAUUGGAGGGUCCACGCGAAUUCCUUACAUUCAACAGAUAGUGAAGUCGUUCUUCAAAAAAGAACCAAACAAGACCGUAAACCCGGACGAGGCCGUAGCCCACGGCGCAGCCAUUCAAGCCGCUAUCUUGAGCAACCAACAUUCUGUGACCAUUCCUAAGCUAGUUCUCGUUGACGUGGCUCAUCUUUCGCUCGGCAUCAAGCAGUUCGGAGACACCAUGAGUGUGAUCAUCAAACGGAACACGACCAUCCCUACUAAAAAAACCGAAAGGUAUAGCACCGCUGUUGACAAUCAAACUGUUAUCCCUAUCAGCGUGUAUGAAGGCGAGAAUCACAUAGUAUCUCAAAAUAAUCUACUCGGAGAGUUUACUAUGUCUGGAUUUCCACCACUCCCGAAAGGCCAAGCUAAGGUAUAUGUAACAUUUGAGAUCGACUCCGACGGAAUCCUUCAAGUUUCUGCGAAGAACGACAUCACAGGGGACAGCAAGCAGUUAGUUAUCACCACCAACAAGGGGCGGUUGUCGCAAAAGACGAUCGCGCGGCUGACGCGAGAGGCUGAAAUCAGGAAGCGGGGUGAGGAAGCCAGGCGAGAGGCGGCUGACGCGAGAAAUGAGCUGGACAGCCUCUGCAUCCGCAUCAAGGAUAUGGCCCAGAAGCUGCAAGAGUGGUUGGCAAAUGAAGGCGACAAGGUGCUGGCUGAAGACAUCGCCGCUAAACGACAAGAGUUGCAACAGCUUCUGGAUAUGUCGAAGUAGAAGAUUCAAUCGCGGUAGGCUCUGUGACUAAAAAAACCCUACCUCUUUCUGCCGACAAGUUGCAAUGUGAGCAAUGUCAAAGUGAAAUAAUCUUUAUUCCAUAAGUAAGCAAAUUACACUUGAAAUCGUCAUACUGAUUAAACUCUACUGCCCAUUCGUAAGGCAGAUUCCCCUGAGAACAAAGAACAAGGA